AUGAAACUUUCCAACCAAGCCAGUCUGAUGGCUGUGGCAUUGGCUACCGCCAACGCCGCAGCCUCUUCUUCCUCUAGCAGCCCUUACACUCCUAGAACCUACUCCAUGUACAGCCCCAAGGCGUCGGAAAUCGCCCAGCACGCGUCCAAUGCCACCACGAACCAUCGCACCUCCAACGUUUCCGGAGCGGCCACCAACCGUGUCGUGCAGAUCUGGCUCGAAAACACCGACUACGACAAGGCUGCGGGCGACGAAAGUCUGGCGUGGCUCGCCACCAAGGGUAUCACCCUCGACAACUACUGGGCGCUCACCCACCCUUCGGAGCCCAACUACUUGGCGUCCGUCGCAGGCGACUACUUCGCUCUCAACGACGACCGUUUCAUCGCGCUCCCAGCCAACGUCUCCACUGUGGUCGACCUUCUGGACACCAAGAACAUUUCCUGGGCCGAGUACCAGGAGCACCAGCCCUACACCGGGUUCCAGGGUUUCAACUACUCCAACCAGGAAACCUUUGCCAACGACUACGUUAGAAAACAUAACCCAUUGAUGUUGUUCGACUCAAUCACCAACGACGCAGACCGUCUGGCCAACAUCAAAAACUUUACCGAGUUUUACCACGAUUUGAACGGCUCGUCUUUGCCACAGUGGAGUUUCAUCACCCCCAACAUGACCAACGACGGCCAUGACACAACUAUCAAGUUUGCCGGUGCCUGGGCCCGUGGUUUCUUGGAACCACUACUGUCCAACGAAUACUUUAUGGAAAACACUUUGGUGAUCUUGACCUUUGACGAAAACGAAACCUACGCCGUUAAGAACAAGGUUUUCACCAUUUUAUUGGGUGGUUCUAUUCCUGAAAGCUUGCACGGAACUACUGAUUCUACUUAUUACGACCAUUACUCGCUACUUUCGUCUGUUGAGGCCAACUGGAACUUACCAAGUUUGGGACGUCACGACGUGGACGCCAACGUUUUCCAGCUAAUCGCUAACGCUACCAACAUCACUAACCAGGUUGUGGACACCACUUACAAGGUCAAUAACGCAACCUACGUCGGCUACUUGUUGGACGACAAGAUUGCUUUGCCUGCUCCAAAUGUCACAGCUACUAACAAAAACGGUAAGGGUGUGCUUCAAAAGAUUGUCUCUGUGUGGAGCUCUGACUACUCUUCCCAGGCUUCUGCCAGUUAUUUCACCUCCACCACCACUACCCAAUCUGUCGCCUCGUUGACCGAUGUGGCUACUCUAGUGUCUUCGAACGUCGAAAGAUCUGCUGCUGCCAGUAGCACCAGCGGUUCGAUGUCUAGCAGGGCUACGUCUCACGCAAAUGUGUCUUCCAGUGUUUCGCACGGCGGAUCCGGUGUCGUUGGCUUGAACUGGACCUCCAUGUUGACGCUAUUGAUCGCUUCUAUUUUUGCUUAA